AUGGCUGAUGACGACAACUUCGACAUCGACAUCUACGGCGACGACUCGUACCAAGUCUCGGCCACCCAGCAACAAGACACGGCCGUAACCGACGCCAACGCCCCCAGCACAGAUGCGAACGCGGCAAACUCGAACGACGCACCGGAUACUACCACGGCCGACGCAGGAGACCAGACGGCCAAGCAAGAACUUUCAGGUGAAGCAACCAACGGCAACGGCCAUUAUGAACAGGGCACACAGCAGAUUGCAUCCACAGGCGGCGCAGCUGGCCUGGACGUUCACAAGCAAGCACCUCAGCAGCAGGGCACGAAGCGCAAGCAAGGCGAAGACGACGACCGCCCAACUGACCCCGGCGCCACCUCUGCUCUGAUGAUCAACGAUGUCAAUUGGUGGAUCAGUGAAGAAGAUAUCCGUGGCUGGGCUAACCAAAGUGGCUGCGAAGACGAGCUCAUCGAAGUGACCUUCAACGAGCACAAGGUCAACGGAAAGAGCAAAGGUCAAGUUUUUACCCUGUUGAACUCACCGCAAGCAGCUACUGCUCUCAAGCACCAGAUCGAGACGCUCUUCAAAGACCAAGCCCAUACGAAGAAGCCGACCGCCAUCUUCAGUCCCCCACACGUUAACCCGUUCAAAACACUACCCAAAGACGUCCCAGCACGGGACAAGGGCAGAAAUGACCGUGCUUCAUCCGGCAACUUCGGUAACCAGGGUGGUUACAACAACAGGGGUGGAUACAACAAUAACAACAGGGGCAAUUUCAACAGAGGCGGCAUGGGAUACCAAAACAACCGCAAUUUCUCACCUGCUGGUAACAACAUGGGUAACAGCAUGGGUGGCUAUGGCGCCCAAGCACCAAUGAACAACUUCGGUAACCCCAUGGGCGGCAUGAACAACUUUGGGGGUGGCUUCAACCGCGGUGGCAUGAUGGGUGGUAACAUGCGUGGUGGUAUGGGUAACCGUGGCCGUGGCGGCAACAUGGGCAUGAACCCCAUGGGCGGAGGUCCUAUGGGUGGAAUGAACAUGCCGAUGGGAGGAAACAUGAUGGGCAUGGGUGCCAACAUGAUGGGCAUGGGCGGUGGUAACAUGGGCAUGAUGGGAGGAAUGGGAGGUGGCUUUGGUGGCAACCCAGGUUUCAACCCCGGAUUCUUUCAAGGCAACCAGGGCGGCAACGACGGCAGUUGGCAGAACCCGCACGGUGCGAAGAGGCCCCGUCCUGAGUAG